AUGUCUAACCGUUUUGGUGAGGAAACAAAUCACUUUCAUGAUUAUUCUGGACGACAUAAUCCUCACCCUCAAAGAGUUACAUGUUUUACUGGUUUUCUUGGUCUACCUGUACGUGUAAUACAUGAUCCAAUCGUAACAGAUGGCACUGUUUCAUCGACACAACGGAAUGAUAGUUAUGAUGCUUCUUCGGAUUUAAGAAAACGUACCAAUUUUCCCAUUGGAUUAUCAUCAAGUUACUAUACAGACUAUUUAGUAAAUAAUUCAUCCAAGUUGAAUUUCAGAAAUACUAUUCAGAAUGAUUCACUAGACAAAUCAUGGAGAUCCAAUGCUUAUGUACAUCAUGUUCCUGUUGGCAUUCUCCCAUUAUCAUUAAAUCGUCGAAAAAUUCCUCAAUUAGACACAAUUAAUGGAUUGAAAUAUUUUACAGGAUUAAGAAAUUAUUCUGUACGUGCACGUCCACCUCUUCUCGGUGCAUUAAUGGAGUCUGAAGUGAAUCAUUCAAAAAUAUUAAGACAAUCACAUGACGAUUUAACUGAUUUACAUCAUGGAAGCCUAUUGAAUAAAGAAUUAUCUGAACGUCGAACAAAAUGGCAAAGUGAAUUAAGUUAUCUUGCUGGAAGUAUUUUAAGUGGUAGAAAACUAUCUACACGUCUGUUAUACUACUGUUUACUUUUUUUCUUAUUUCCUGCUUUAGAUCAAUUACAAAUACCAAUACCAACAGAUAAGAACAACCAUGACCAACCAUUUGAUCGAUUCAAUAAUUCCUACAACAGAAAUAAUAAUUAUUAUUAUCCAUUGUCUAGUUUCAUGGAAAAAACUUCAUCUAGACUGAAUAAUCAUCAUCAACCGAUAGAAACUAUGCAUAAAAAUCAAAACUCAUCUGGUGAACUACUCUAUUCAAGUAAAACAGGUCGUUUAAUGCCUUCAACCAACGACAGUAGAUACAUACGUACACGAAAUCAAACAUCAUCGAGUAGUGAAAGAGGUCAAUAUCUAAAACAUGCAACUUCUGUCAAUGAAAUGUUUCGUAAUUAUGAAAUGCAAAUAUUUGCUAUGAUAUGUAGAAUUCUUCAAACAAACGAUACAAAUGCCGUUCAACAUUGGUUAGAAAAUGCAACAGAUAGAGAGAAAAAUUUAAUUAUUAACUUAGUAUCUACUGCAUUAUAUCAUCAAAAUAUGUAUUAUGACACGAAACAAGCUGGCAGUAGUCAUCAUCCAACUAAUUCUGACAUGCAUUGGUCUAGAAGAGAAAAAUUGUCAAAUAAUGAUGUAAGCCUUAAUGAAACAGUGGAAGAUGAGAACUGCUGUACCGAAACAGAUCGUUUAGUGAUUGAUGAAACGGACAAUAUCAGAGAAAUACAUAGUAGAGGUAUACAAGUAAAUCUUUCUGAUGAUACAUGUGAGACUACAUUGAAAUCUAACAAUACAGAAGUGAAUAAAGCCACCAAUACAGCGGAAUCUUUUAGUCUAUGUCAAACACCAUUGAAACCAAAUUGGAAACAACAUGAAUCCAUUGGAAUUCCAUAA